UGUUCCUCGGCGUGCGAUUCAAGCCACCCGAGCUGUGCUGUCACCACUGCCAUGGCUUCGCGACCGACUGUCACUCUCGGUAUCGACUUGGGCACCACGUCCGUGAAGGCCGCCCUGUUGGAGGCUGCACCCGGCCACCCAUCCGGGUUCGUGGUGCUGGCGAGCUGCGCCCGGGCUGCGAGGGCAGAGACCGAGAGCGCGGUGGCCGGGCCCCAGGGGCGGGAGCAGGAUGUGACUAGAAUCAUCCAAGCCCUAAAUGAAUGCCUUGACGCCCUUCCCCGGCAGCAGCUCCGGAGAGUCGGGGGCAUCGGAGUGUCGGGACAGAUGCAUGGCAUCCUAUUUUGGAAAGCAGGCCAAGGCUGUGAAUGGACCGAGGGAGGGCCUGCCCUUGUAUUUGAGCCCAGAGCUGUGAGCCACUUGGUCACAUGGCAGGAUGGCCGUUGUAACAGUAGUUUCCUGGCUUCUCUGCCCAAGCCAGAAUCCCAUCUCAGUGUGGCCACAGGAUUCGGCUGUGCAACCAUCUUCUGGCUUUUGAAAAACAGCCCGGAGUUUCUGAAGUCCUAUGAUGCGGCUGGCACCAUUCAAGACUAUGUGGUUGCCAUGCUGUGUGGCUUGCCAAGGCCUCUGAUGUCCGACCAGAACGCCGCCAGCUGGGGCUAUUUUAACACCCAGAGCCAGAGCUGGAACUUGGACAUACUGGAAAUGGCAGGCUUUCCUAUCCACCUUCUCCCCGACAUUGCAGAGCCAGGCAGCAUGGCAGGCAGAACUUCUCACACAUGGCUUGAAAUCCCAAAGGGGACACAGGUGGGCAUAGCCCUGGGUGACUUACAAGCCUCUGUCUAUUCCUGCAUGGGCCAAAGGACUGAUGCAGUUCUCAACAUCAGCACCUCGGUUCAGCUGGCAGCCUCCAUGCCUGUGGGAUUCCAGCCACUGCAGACUCCGGAUCCUGCAGCCCCAGUUGCCUUCUUCCCUUACUUCGACAGGACCUACCUAGGGGUGGCAGCGUCACUCAAUGGAGGCAAUGUGCUGGCCACGUUUGUCCACAUGCUUGUUCAGUGGAUGGCAGAUCUUGGUCUGGAGGCUGAAGAAUCCACUGUCUAUUCACGCAUGAUCCAGGCGGCUGCACAGCAGAAGGACACCCAUCUCACCAUCACCCCAACAGUGCUGGGGGAGAGGCACCUGCCAGACCAGCUGGCCUCUGUGACUAGAAUCUCCUCCUCUGACCUUUCCCUGGGCCAUGUGACCCGGGCCCUCUGCAGAGGCAUUGUUCAGAACCUGCACUCCAUGCUUCCUUUCCAGCAGCUCAGAGAGUGGGGUGUGGCCCGGGUGGUGGGGAGUGGGAGUGCACUGUCCAGGAACGAGGUGCUGAAGCAGGAGGUCCAGAGGGCGUUUCCUUUCCCAGUGUGCUUUGGGCAGGAUGUAGAUGCAGCCUUUGGGGCAGCUCUGGUCAUGCUCCAGAGAGACUUCAGUCAGAAGGAGCCUUAGUUCAGCAAGCUCUUUGGCUAAAGGAAUGCUGGGAAUCUUACGUAAUUGACAAUGUCAGCACGAUCUCUGGGUUGUCCUUUUCCCGGGCGGCUCUGUGGGUGGACUGUAAAUUACACUUGAUCUUGAGGUACUAUCUAGACUGAUGAAGAUCUUACCUUCAGGGCAUAUGAUAAUCAUACACUCAGGAAUUUCUAACCAGACCCCAAGCUAGUGCCUUCCAAGAAUAGGAUCUUCUGAGAGCUGACUGAAAAUGCAGAUGUGGGAGGUGGAGAGAAUGGGAGGGAGGAAAAUGGGAAGAGAGAGAGGAAGAGAGAAACAAAGAGCUUCUGGGUCACUGGGCUCAGCUGUGAUUCAUUCGUAGACAGGGAAAAAAGAAAGAUGACUUAUGUAGCCAUGGCUCCAGCUAAGCAGAGAAGACCUGCUUAUGCCCAGCACUUGGAUUGGUUCAGCUUUGAGUCAAGUGCGUUACCGGAAAAAUCCUCCCCACCAGAUUGUAGCAGGUGGCAGGAGGCCCCUCUCCCAGUCUUGGGGAAGAGAAGGAGCUCAGCAAGCUCUUUGGCUAAAGGGAUUCUGGGACUCUUAUCUCACCAAUCAGCUUGACAGCCCUGUCAGUUGAAGGGAACGGCUGUAGCAUGGUCUCCAGUCAGAGAGAGACCAAAGGACAUGAAGCAACAUGCCUUGGAGGAGAAAGCCAAGGUCUACGGGCUUGCCUUGCCAUGUGCCUCUGGGACAGUACUGCACCGUGGCUACCUCGAUUCCUCUCAACACAGCUGGCUUAAAGGCAUGUCCAGGAGAAGGGAAGUCAGCUGGCACGAACAGCUAAAGGGACCGCAGAGCACUGUGAGGAACACCGACUGACAGAUGGUUUUCAAGAUGGCAGCAAGGCACGAUUCCUUUUCUAUGACUGUGUAUGGCCACAUUUCUCCCUAACUCCUGACACAAGGGGUGUCCAGUUUCAUGAGAGAAACCUUUAUCCCACAGGUCCCACCUCUUCCUCCAGGGUGAAGAUCUUGCUGGCCUCUGGUGGUUCUGGCCCUCUUCAGAUGGGCAUGCAUGGAGGGUCAGAGAACCACCAGUCUUCCCAUGUUACAGUACCUUCAAGGAGAGGGCCACCAUCACUGCGUUUACUCCUAGAUCCCAAAGGACCUACAAGGGCACCCAUGACUUUGGGGAGAAACUAUGUCGUCUCUUUGUAAGAGUCAUUUCAUAAGGUAUACUAUUGUGGUAACCCCUUUGAUGAAUUUACCUCCCACUGCUGGCUCAGCUAACUGAAUAAAUUUCAUUUUUCCAGA